CCGCCCUGUCCUACCCCAUCCCACACCGUGUCCGAUUUAAGUGACGAGUGUUGAGAAGCGGAAGGCUGCCUCAGAACAUUAGCAGGUGUGGCUCUGGAACAACAUAUGAGAAAGAUGCAGAAACAGUGCUUUUUCGUCUUUCUAUUUAUUUUUGAAAAAUUGGUGGUAACCAUCCUAGGAUAUUCCAAUGGAGCGCCUUCAUCAGUAUGUUCCAGCAUGCUCCCUUCACAUGGUGCCAACCCCCAGUCUUCAUCUCCACCUUAUUCUCUCAAAGUAGAUAAAUCUACCUACAGCCCUGGAGAUCAAAUCACAGUGACUCUUUCAGGAAACACAUAUACUGGUUUCUUGUUAGAGGCGCAGCAAGUUGGAGGUGGAAAUGCGGUGGGCAGUUUUAACAUACCAAGCAACAGUUUUUCUAUGGGACUGCAAUGCAAUGGGGUGCCAAACUCUGCUGUUACUCAUAAGUCUUCGUCAUCAAAGAGUUCACUUUCAUUCACCUGGGUUUCAUCUUCAUCUAACUCUUUGGGAGAUAUUGAAUUCAGGUUGGCUUAUUUUUUCAUGUUCAUUUUCUUAUGGAUUCUGUUCCCAGUUGCCAGGGGCAUGGUCUUUGUGGUCAUGAUUUCUGAUACAACUGUAAUAAUCCUCCACCUGUUACCGCCAUCCACUACUACUACCCUCCAGGGUUCUUCUACCAAAAAUCCCUUCACCAUUUCCAGCAGUGGAUGUGGUGUAACAAAAACCUGUUUCAGCAUCCCAGCCAACUGCGACCCUAGUACCUCCUCCAGCUGUUACUUCAUGUCAUCUGCUGCAACCCAGGAUGGCAUCCAGUUUGAAAUUUAUGGUCAGACUGAUGGCUAUGUGGCUGUUGGCUUCUCAGAUGACCAACAAAUGGGAAGUGAUGAUAUAUACUCGUGUGCUCUUAACAACAAUGGAGGUGUUAAUGUUCAGCAUGUUUAUUCUAUUGGACAAUCACUAUCGUCACCCCUAAGUUCGGUGAAUGUGUCCACUAUUGCAGCAUCCUACAGUGGAGGAGUCAUGAAGUGUUCUUUUAUUACAAAAAACGCCAUAUCAACGCAGCAGAGAUCAUCAGCUAACACCUAUUUCAUAUUUUUGGCGAAUGGGCCUACUUCAAAUGGUAAUAUGCAAUUUCACCCCUCAACUCCCUUUAUUAGCCCCAGCAAAGUUGAUCUCCUGGGUCUCCAGGUGGCAAGUGGAAGUGUCAUUCAGGAUCCUCUAAUUAAAGCACAUGGGGCUCUUAUGCUGAUCGCUUGGAUGACAACAGGAAGCAUUGGAAUGAUAAUUGCCAGAUACUUCAAACAUGUUGGCAAAGGAAAAAAGAUUGGUGGAAAAGACAUCUGGUUUCAGGUUCACAUGUUUUUAAUGAUAAUGACUGUAUCUUUGACAAUUAUUGCAUUUAUACUUGCAUUUGUGUCGGCUCAAUCCUGGAGUGGAGGUGCUCACCCAGUGCUCGGGUGUAUUGUGAUGGGUCUUGCUUUGAUCCAGCCUUUUGGAGCGACCUUCCGCUGUGCUCCCACCGAUAAGAGGAGGCCCAUCUUUAAUUAUUUACAUGCAGUGAAUGCUGUGAUAAUGAAAGUGCUUGCAGUGGCCACCAUAUUUCUUGGGCUGCAGUUGCUCAGUUCAUCUAGCCCUUCUACUCAGUGGACAGUUAAAGUCAUGGGCGGAUUUUUUGGAUGGGAAUGUUUAAUCAUCAUCAUUUUAGACGUCAACAAGUUCCUAAAGACUAAAGCCAUUUAUGAAAAUGUUUCCAAGGACCGACUGGAGCCACUAAUACUUAUUAUUUAUAUUCUGGUAAAUUUGUGCUUUAUGAUUGCUCUUUUGGCUGGAAUUGGCCAAACAUAAGCUUAACUGCACAGUGGAGCCUGGAACCUGAAUAAAAAAAAAAUGUUUUUCUUUUACUUGUUAUUCACUGAACAAUUUGACUAUAGAAAUUAUUUAUUUUUAAAGUGUUAAUUUAAAAAAGAUAUACAGUAUGCAAACAGUAUAUAUAAAAUGUUUAAUAUUGUAUAUACAUGCUAUAAACAUUCAUAAUAGGCUCACUUACCUUAGCUCUGAUACUGUCUACUGUGUAUAAGUACAGUAUAUGAUAGCUAAUCAGCAUGGCCUGUGCCUGACUUGCUCUGCUCCAUAUGCAUGGAGGAUCUUUAAUAUUUAAUGUGUAGCAUUGUCAAACCCUAUCAUUAAUAGCCACAAAGUUGCAUUGAUCUCCUGUUUGUUGGUUAAUAUAGGAUGCCAUAAAAACUAAAAGAUGUGGAAAGCUGACCCAUACAUUUUACUUUCUUUCACCGCAACAACACUCCUGUUCACAUGAUCAAGUUUUUAGUAGCUGCAAUUCAUAAUGCAAUAUUAGAACUGCCACCCACUCUGUUCUCCUGACAUGAUCCAAUCGACUCAUUUAUUGUGAAAUGUAAGAAAAACCUGGGUGGAGAUUCGGUGCGAUUCUGAGGUGAAGCAUGCUGUGAAGGCAUGGUUGGAGGACUUUUCAAUGCAGGAAUUAGAUAUACUUGUACUUUAUUAGUCCCCAAGGGGGAAUUAAAACUUUACAGCACCGACUGGAAAAGUACAUUAAUGUUGCGGCUGCCUUUGCCAAAAAAUAUUAGUUCAAUGGCCCUCUGCAAUUGUUUUAAAUGUCAAGGGACACAGUGUGCUUAUCAACCCAUGUAAUAUUUAUAAAAUGGAUGGAAAAGAGAUGUGAAAGAUAAUCCAAUACUGUAAAAUUAAAUGAGAAGUGCCCAGUCAAGCCUUAUCAGCUGUGUUACUACUGUAACAUUUAUUUAAAUAAUAUUUUAUAGGAUAAAGGAUAAAAUGAGUUGAUAGGCCAACAGAAAUUAUAUGUGAAAUCUCAGUAGUAAAUCUUUUUUUAAGUGUUAUACGACCGAUACUGAAUUACAUCUACUGGAACUGUAAUAAAAAUUGUAUAAAAUAAAUGAAUGGAAAUAUCAAAGAGACAAAAGUACUAUUAAGAAAGUGUAAUGUUUCAUAUUCAGAAAAUGUAAUGCAAAAGGCAUUUGGUGUAAAUGAUGGUGCAGGUCAUGUCUUGUUCCUGGGGAUGCUUGGUGGCUGCAGGUUUUAGGUUUAGCCAUUAUAUUGCCAAGUGUCUGAUCAUUUUGUAAAUAAAGUAAAUGAGAUGUCUUCUUUAUUUAA